AUGGCUUAUGGCUUGCCAAGAAAGAACACAGUGAAAAACAUUCUGCGGGGCAGUUAUAACGUACAGCAACCUUGGGAUCUAGCACUGCUUACAGAGAGCUGGUAUACAAAACUAGCCAGGAUCAAGUUUCCUUUCUUAGAAGAAAUUACAUUUGGUGGUCCUGUAUACCUCAAAAAGUGUAAUAAAAUGAAUAAUGAUGGUCUGCUCCCUUCUGCAGAAGACGUCAAACUUGAAAGGGAAUAUGAACUGAAGCGCCUGAAUAACCUGAAAUGUCAGGAAAAUGCAGCUGAGGAAAUUCAGUUUGCCCUAAGGGAAAAGCAAGGUGGUCUGAGAAGACCUCUUCCACCUAAGUGA